AUGGAUCCUAAACUUUAUGCCACUUCGUCCAAUAUUUCCGAUGAUCUUGUUGUCAAUAUUGAUUCCGCCAUGAACCAAAUUCGCCGACGUUCUUUAGGUUCUGCUCGCACAGAUGCAAAUAGUUUGGUGGGGCCGGCAAGUUUGUCGUCCAAACACCAAACAUCGAGUGGAGCCAACGAGACAUACAAGGAAGGACGGAGCAGCACCGCUAGCGAUGCAACGUGCAGUGCAUUUGGCUCUUUGGACAACUUGGUCCGGAGUCCCGAUGAGACGUCCUCGGAUUCCUUGUCAUCCAAUGGUAGCGAAUCUGGGAGGUUGUCACCCACCUCGAUUCUAUCCUCUUCAGACUCAUUGUCUCGACCGUCCGUUGCUAGUGAUGCAAGGGUAAGAUUUCAAUUACCUGGAGAUCAAACCAGCGGGACCGGCGGCAAGACUUCGAGUGCUGCAAAUCUGGAUAACAAUGACGCUGGACCAACCUCAAAAAGUGCUCCGCCAGGUGCAGCACCGGCAGGAGGAACAAGCGAGGGAGGGUCACCAGGAGAAUCUCCAACAGUAUCACCAACAGCUUCACCACCAGAAUCACCACCAGCAGACUCAUCACCAGCAGUUCCUUCAGCAAAUAGUUUCGAAAUGUUGAAUACAGCAAGACAUCGGAACGAUAGCUUGCACCAUAUGCUGAUGCAAAGACGAUUGCAUCAGCAUAUCUCAACGUCAGACAUGUUACAUCGCACCGGCUCACUCCCCCGACGAAUGGCAGACCCAAACUCUAGCAGUACAAAUGUCAAUAACGGAAAUAAUGGAAUUAGCCAUACUUCAUCGACAGGAUUCAAGAAUCCGUUGCCUACGAUUCCUAGCUUCUUUGGACCUGAUCUGCCUCCAGAGGAACAUACGCACGGCAGUCACCUAUCCCGUUGUCUUACAUGUGGAUCAAUGCCAGAUGUUCAUGAUAUGCACGCUGGACGACGAUAUAGCAUUAAUGGAAGCCUUCACCAUCUGCCCGUGCGCCGCUCCAGUGCUUACACAUCAUCGUCGAAACUUGCGCAACCAAUCUCGGCCAUGUCAUCAGCAAACCCCCUUCCCCAUCAGCAAGACAUUGAACGUAGCACAUCAAUGACAGCAGACGAAGUUCUUUCUCUCCAUGAACAAAUAUACGGUGAUGCGCCCAAUAGAAACACGGAAACCUAUGGUGCUGAAACUCCUUUGAAGAGACGGUGGAAAUCUACCGCGACCAUGUUCACUGGCAUGAGCAAAGCCCAGCGCGUGAAAACAAGAGACUUUUUGAUGGGACUUGCCAAAGCGUUCGCAAGAUAUGGGGCUCCGAGCCACAGAAUUGAAUAUCAGUUAGAGCUGGUGGCUCUAGCUUUGGAGCAGCCGGGGAGCUUCGUCGUCAUUCCCGGCGUCAUUUGGGUGUCCUUUGGCGACGAGGAUCACACAUCAUCGACCCACCUUAUCAAAGUCGGACAAUCCUGGCAUAUGCACAAACUGUCGCUGGUCAAUUACCUUUGCCGUAACCUUAUAGCUGGGGAGAUUGAUAUUUUCGGCGCAAUCGAUAGAUUGGCGGAAAUUGCCAGCGAGCCAGAUUAUCCACCCUGGUAUGAUCUGAUUACAUAUCCCAUGAUAUCCUUUACGCUAUGCUUGAUCGGUUUCGGUGCUGGAUGGUUGGACGCCGCGGUUUCAGCGGUUUUAGGAUUAGCAGUUGGUGGAUUCAGCCUUUUGAGCAGUAGUAGAUUUCGCGAGUUUACCCACCUAGUUCCCUUCCUGUCGGCGACAUUUUGCAGCUUCAUGUCUCGCGUAGUGUUUGCAGCUCUCCGAUCUCACCGACCUGAAAUUUGUUAUAACCAUGUGUCGGUGGUUCUGAGCGGUAUUGUCAUGAUGUUGCCGGGUUUGUCAAUCACUGUAUCUAUGAUCGAGAUUGCCACUCGGAAUAUCGUUUCAGGAACUGUUCGAGUUUUCUUUGCACUAUUCCACGCCAUGAUGUUGGGCUUUGGUAUCUCGACGGGACGAGCUCUCGUAACGUGGGGGCCUGAUGAUCUCGACACCAGUACACCGGUUUGCCCAGGACCUCUCCACCCACUAUGGAAUUUCCUUUUCUUUCCGCCGCUUUGUGCCUGCUUUAUCCUUAACUUUCAAGCCCGCCGACCGCAAUUUCUUCACAUAUCCAUUAUUUCAACUCUUGGAUGGGUGAUGUACUUGGUUCUCUCAAUACCACCAUCCUUUCAAACCGCUACCGGACAAAUUGUACCAAACAUUAUCUCUGCAUUCGCAAUCGGCGUGAGCGCUAAUAUCUACGCCAGAUGGACAAAGGAUGUGGCCGUUCCGGCCAUUAUUUGCGGGAUUGUUAUGAUGGUGCCGGGAAGCAUGGGCGUACGAGCGACUCUGGGAUUUUUCGGAUCAAAUGCUACGAAUGCGGUCCAAGUAGUUUUUCAAAUGUUGAUGAUCGGGAUGAGUAUUGGAAUCGGCCUGUUUUUGGCGUCCCUAGUAGUUUUUCCCAUCAAAGGCACGCGAUACAAGUAUAUGACAAUCUAGAAGCAACUCAUGGGUAAAUAGUACUUAAACACUACACUCAAGAACUUUAUGUCACUAUGUAAUUUACAAUGUCAAAAAGUUUUGUUAUUCUAUGCA